UUUGAAUAUGAGCAAGAUAUGAGAUUUUUGUGUUGUGGUCUAAUUGAUAAGCCAUCCACUCAUCUUCUUUCUUUCAAAUUCUGAGCCCAAAACACCAAAUAAAGUUUUUUCAACUCAGUUUCGAACAUAUAUUCACGAUCAGCGUCGUUUCCACACAUAAAGCUAAUAAAGGAAACCACUUUCACUAUGAUCAUUGUUCCAUUAAUUUCUUCCACUAUCAACCUCCUCAGAAGAAAAACCAAAAACCCACCUUCACCAUCCUCCUUCAUAUUCAAAACCCAUUAAAAGAUAAAUUUUUUAAAAUUUUUUUUAAUAAAUUUUUGGUAGUCAUGUUAUUCUUUUGAAACCAAUCAGAAACCAACAACAACGACGACGACCCAACUGGGCAUUUCGCUUAUUCGUGCUAUUUGGUCAACUGGGUCGGUUUCCAGAUGGAUUUUCGGGGGCCUAGUGAGACCCGUUUGGUCGGAGACUAUAUAAUGGGUCCGAGAAUCGGGUCUGGUUCAUUCGCCGUGGUUUGGAGGUCCAGGCAUCGGCAAUCGGGUCUCGAAGUUGCAGUUAAGGAGAUUGAUAAGAAACAACUGAGUCCAAAAAUCAGUGAGAGUUUGCUCAAAGAGAUUUCUAUUCUCAGAACAAUUGAUCACCCGAAUAUUAUUCGUCUUUUGGAAGCCAUCGAGACCGAUGAAAAGAUUUACCUUGUUUUGGAGUACUGUGACGGUGGCGAUCUUUCUGGUUAUAUCAAUCGCCAUGGGAGAGUUUCAGAAGCUGUGGCUAGGCACUUUAUGAGACAAUUGGCUGCAGGACUGCAAGUGCUUCAAGAAAAGCAUCUCAUUCACAGGGAUUUAAAACCACAGAACUUACUCUUGUCAACGCAUGAAUCCACUCCACUACUGAAGAUAGGGGAUUUUGGUUUUGCAAGAUCCCUUAUGCCUCAAGGUUUGGCUGACACAUUGUGUGGUUCACCCUUAUACAUGGCUCCGGAGAUCAUAAAGAACCAAAAAUAUGAUGCAAAGGCUGACUUAUGGAGUGUUGGGGCGAUUCUUUUUCAGUUGGUGACUGGAAGGCCACCAUUUGAUGGCAACAGUCAAUUGCAGCUUUUCGAGAAUAUCAUAACAUCUACUGAGCUGAAGUUUCCUGCUGGUUCUCUGGAAGAGUUGCAUCCACACUGUGUAGAUCUUUGCAGAUGCCUAUUACGGCAAAACCCAGUUGAGCGACUAACAUUCAAGGAGUUUUUCAAUCACAAGUUCCUCAGGGAGCCAAGGUCCAUGCUUGAUGCUAGGAAGUCUCCUUUUGUUCUGCCUAUAGAAUUAACUGUUGAGCCGUCCAAUGCUUCUGCCCUUGGGAAGAGGUCAGAAUUGCCAGCUGUUCUUCCUCUGGACUCGUGCAGUGCACAUUCAAGUGCAAAAUUUCCUAUUGGACUUGAAAAUAUAAUUUUGCAAAGAAAAGAGGGUGAAGGUACAUCAAGCAAUGUUCAUGGGCUUAUGCCAAAUAUUGUGAGUAAUGAAAGAAAAAGAUAUAUUGAUCAAGAGCCACAAUCAUCUUAUCAACGACAAGUUUCUGAUUCCAUGGAGUCCAUUGAGAAAGAUUAUGUCCUUGUCAAUCCUCAUUUUGCUUCAUCAGAAUCCAUCUCUUAUUUUCUGGAAACGUCACAACUGUCUAACUCCAAAACUGGAGUGUCUACCUAUGCUCAAAAGCAGAAUGAACAGGGAAGACCAGUUAUACAAGAGGAGGAGCUGGCUGAAAGCUCUAUUGGUGGUUUAGAGGGCUCACUGAAGCAUGGAUCAGACCUAUUACCAACAUCAAUUCCUUUAUCUUUAUUGAGAGAAGUGCAAGAACUUUCUAUACUGCAUCCUUCCACUAGGCUCCAGUUGUUGCAUCAGUAUGUUGAAGUUCUUACCGAACUUGCACAAGAAAAGUACGAUACAGAAUUCUAUCUGGAGGCUUUUUCAACUGAGUUGGUUAUUUUGGCUAUAUGGAAAAAAGUGCUCCAAAUUAGCAGCAAUUGGCUGGCUUCUUCUGAGAAUGAAGCAACUGGUAGCAGUGUAGCGAAUGAGCCCAAACUUGAUCAGAAAGGUGCUACUUUAGCAUCAAACACUGAGGGAAACCUUGAUUUUAGCCAACCUUCAUGUGUUUCCUUGUGGGCAGAAAAAUCAUUUCUUGUUGCAUUUAAUCGUGCUGAGAAGUUAUCAAAUCAUCUCCGAAACAUAGAUGGUACUGUUGACAUGCCAGAUGCGAUGGAAAUAAUAUUUCGAAAGGCACUAGCAUUUGGUACCAAUGGUGCUGUGGACGAGUUCGAGAACAAAAGUACUGCAGCAGAGAAUUAUUCAAAAGCGCUACUUCUGCUUUCCUUUAUCGCAGGAGAAGCAGCAAUGCUGCCUCUAAAGCCUCCAUUUUCGUUAACUCCUGCAGGCAAGAAGCGAAUCCAACAAUACAUUUUGAACUUGCAUUCUCGGCAGACUAACUUUUUAAAGGCACAGCCUUCUCUUAAAGAAUUUCUUGACUCUCAUAAAAAGUAAAUAGAACUGGUUUGUACAGCUAUUCUUGGAGGUUCAUCUUUUGCCAAGGCAGAUUACUAAUGUUGGCCGUUGUGGCAGUAAAUCAGCCGCCUAUGCAGCAGGCAGUUUUUAAGUCUCUGACAUGGAUAUACUCUUUUCUAACUUUUGUUUGGUGAUGGAAUACCAAAGAAUGUCUAUAAGUUAGAUAAGUAAAUACUAGAUUGUUGACAUUAUGGAACAAGAAACUACCUUAGUCUGUGUAAAUGAACUGUCUAUUCUUUAUUUGGACAAGAAAUUGUACAUAUGAAUAGAAAUUGUUACGUGUA